GCCCGGCAUAAACCACCAAUGAGGCAGAGAAGAAGGCUGACGAAAAUGCAGGAAGUAAUUAAUUAGCUAAGGAGAGUCAGUCAAGAAAACUGAUGUUCUUUCAAGGCUACGAUGUCCUGCUUUGAGAUUGAUAAGAGCAGCCUGGAGAAUGAUGAAGCGUGUUGCGGUGGGGCGGCCGCGUCACAGCUGUCCAACUGUGCGCUGGCCAUGCUGGAGAAAGAGGGCAGCGACUCUGCGCUGAGCCCCACGGAGAGUACCCCCACCAGCCUACAGGGCGGCGCCCCACUGCAAGGCUACGACGUGGAGUUCGACCCUCCGCUGGAGAGCAAGUACGAGUGCCCCAUCUGCCUCAUGGCCCUGAGGGCAGCCGUGCAGACGCCGUGCGGCCAUCGCUUCUGCCGUAGCUGCAUCGAGAAGUCCAUCCGUGAUACAGGGCAGAGGUGUCCAGUGGAUAACGAGGUACUACGGGAAGACCAGCUGUUCCCAGAUAACUUUGCCAAGCGGGAGAUCCUCUCCCUAACGGUGCGCUGCACCAACGUAGGCUGCACUGACAAAAUGGAGCUUCGCCGCCUGGAUGGCCAUGUUACGAAAUGUGAGUUUGCCACCGUGCCUUGUCCGCUGUGCCAGGACGCGGUGUGGAAGAGCCAGCUGGAGAUGCACCAAAGCCAACACUGCCAGCGGAGACCUGUGUCCUGUCCCGACUGUGUAGAGAGCUUUGUUUACGAGGACAGCAAGAUUCAUGAGUCGCUGUGUCCCUUUGCCAACGUGGUGUGUCAGUACUGCGGUAUGGAGCUCAUCAGAGACCAGUUGGAAUCUCACUAUGACACAGACUGUCCGAAGGCUCCGAUUGCCUGUACCUUCAGCACUUUUGGAUGUCGAGAGAUGAUGCAGCGCAAUGACCUGGCGCAGCACAUGCAGGAGUUCACUCAGAUGCACAUGCGCUGCAUGGCUGAGUACCUGCACAGGCACAGCCUUACCGGGUACACCCAGCCACCUUCUUCUGAGGACCGAGGGGCUGCCGCCGCAGAGCUGGGGGCACACCCAGGAGCUAGCAGCAGUGGCGCCCCCUGCCAGUGCUGCGGGGAACUGCAGACCAUGCGGGAGACCACCCAGCAGCUGGAGGGCCGUCUAGUGCGGCAGGACCACCAGCUACGUGAGCUGAGCAUUCAGGCGGGGCUGGUGGCGGAGCUCCGUCGUAAGGUCACCUCGCUGGAGGAGAACCUAAAGGAGCUGGAGGCCAAGCAGUGCCAGGGUGUGUACGUGUGGCCCUUGGAGGGCUUCUCGGGCUACCUACGUACCCAGGCUGCCGGACAGCCUGUUGUGGUGCACAGCCCUGGCUUCUACACGGGCCGGCCGGGCUACAAGCUGUGUCUGCGCCUCCACCUCCAAACGCCCUCGGCACAGCGCUGCUCCAACUACAUCUCACUGUUUGUUCACACCAUGCAGGGGGAAUUUGAUGGGCAGCUGUCGUGGCCCUUCCAAGGCACCAUCCGGCUGGCCGUGCUGGACCAGGGGCCUGAGGGCCAGCACCAUGUGGAGGUGAUGGAGACCAAGCCCGACCUGCAGGCCUUCCAGAGGCCCACCAUCCAGAGGAACCCCAAGGGCUUUGGCUACGUCACCUUUCUGCACUUGAUGGAGCUACAGCAGCGGGGGUUUGUGCACGACGACACGCUGCUGGUGCGCUGCGAGGUGACGCCGCGCUUCGACACCGCCCUGAGGCGCGAGGGGGCGGCCAUGCAGCCCAGAGGGCCCGAGGCCUCGCUGUGAGGACACUUUUAACGUUCCAAGUGACGAGGUCAAUCGCCACCAACGUUAUCAGUACAAAGUAUCAGUUUGCCGUUUUCCUGAGUUGUUGUAUCACACAGGAUCAUUGCAUUGGGCUCAGUCAUGACCGACAUCAUGGGAAAGUGUACGGCUCAGUUGUGGGUUUUUAUCUCCAACUCCAAAAGGCUUUUCUCUGCUGUAGCUGUUGAGUGAUGGACUGGAUGUUGGUGGCGAUGAACACCAAGGUUUCCUGCAACAAGUCGAGAGCUUGGGGCUGUAUUAUUUUAUCUGCAUUUUUGUCAAAAUUGAGUUAUUGACAUUAGCCUUAUUCUGUUCAAUGUUCUCUACCUAUAUAUUCCUCCAAAUACCCCAAUUCAUGUUAAGUUCAAAAGAAUACAAGAUUUAAAAAAAAAUAGCUGACACCAUUUAAACCAAUGAGGUUUCAGAACUUUAAAGCCGAUCUCACAAUCAUCUAUUUGCAGGCAGAACGUUCUAGUCCCAUGGUCUGUGUUCCAUCACUGAUCCAGCAAUGUGUCGCAGGCUACUGUACUGCUCAAAAUAGAUAGGAUUUCAAAAUGUCUUAUGGUGCCUACAUUAGGUUGUAAUAAACAUGACUUUGGUUUCAGUGCAUCGUUCUUUGUGACAGCUUUGUAGUGGAGGCCGGGCAAAGUCUCGUUAAUUAUCAUAACAUGUUAUUACAGUUUGAUAUUUAUGUCAAGCUCAAAGUCAUGUUUAUGACAACUUUAUGUUGGCAUUAAAGAAGCCAAUUCAAAUAAGAUGUUACUAGAAGUGUAUUUCUGUUGGAGAUUAGGAAGGGGACAGAGAGUGAUGUAGGACAGAGAGCUACUCAAUCAAAUGAAUCCCUUUUAGCGCUUUCUACAAAGCACAGCGAGGGCUGGGGCAGGACCAUCUGUAGGCAGGAGAUGACCAGACGCAGAACUACCUAUCAACUUAUUGUACAUCCUGGAUGACGAGAGUCAGGAUCACUGGCAUUUCCCUGGUCUUCUGGUUGGAGGAUCAUACAGGGAAGAUGGGGCAACGGUCCUAACCUGGUCUUCUGGUUGGAGGAUCAUACAUGGAAGAUGGGGCAACGGUCCUAACCUGGUCUUCUGGUUGGAGGAUCAUACAGGGAAGAUGGGGCAACGGUCCUAACCUGGUCUUCUGGUUGGAGGAUCAUACAGGGAAGAUGGGGCAACGGUCCUAACCUGGUCUUCUGGUUGGAGGAUCAUACAGGGAAGAUGGGGCAACGUCCUAACCUGGUCUUCUGGUUGGAGGAUCAUACAGGGAAGAUGGGGCAACGUCCUAACCUGGUCUUCUGGUUGGAGGAUCAUACAGGGAAGAUGGGGCAAUGGUCCUAACCUGGUCUUCUGGUUGGAGGAUCAUACAGGGAAGAUGGGGCAACGGUCCUAACCUGGUCUUCUGGUUGGAGGAUCAUACAGGGAAGAUGGGGCAACGGUCCUAACCUGGUCUUCUGGUUGGAGGAUCAUACAGGGAAGAUGGGGCAACGUCCUAACCUGGUCUUAAGACCUCUUCUGGUUGGAAGAUCAUACAGGGAAGAUGGGGCAACGGUCCUAACCUGGUCUUAAGACAUCUUCCCAGACAAAAGAGCUGUGCAUGAAGACGUCUUCGGAAGAAGAGAUUUCCUGAACAAUGGCUGUGCGUUAGGACAUACAAUAAGCAGUGACAUAUGAAUGAGUUGGUAUACACAGUGGUCUAAAGUACUUAAGUACUACUUGUGUUUUUCUUUUGGUGGUAUCUGUACUUUACUAUUUAUAUUUUUGACAACUUUUACUCCACUACAUUUCUAAAGAAAAUAAAUGUACAUUUUCCUCCAUACAUUUUCCCUGUGACACCCAAACGUACUGGUUACAUUUGGAAAUGCUCAGGCAGGACAGCAACAUGGGCUAAUCAUGCACCUAUCAUUUUGUUUUUUACCUUUUAUUUUAACUGGGAAGAAAUUGAGGCCUAGGUUUCUUUUCCAGCUGUGCUCUGUAAAAUACAAUAUAAAUAUACACAUUAUACACAACAUAUUACAAUACAAAACACAGGCAUGUUAAGCACUAUUAAAACAUCACAAAUCAUUCAGAAAAAGUUACAUUCCUCGACAAGUAAGUCCCCAAUCAAUACAUUAAAUUGCCUCAAACGGCACCAGAACAUCAAAAUGAAAUGUAUUUAUAUUUUUUGGGGGCAAUGUGGUGCAUUUAAGCUAAAACCAGAUUUACCUAGCUCGGUGGAGACCCUAGGCACGUCGAGUUAACGACACCUCGGGUGUCUAUACUUCAAAAGAAAAGUUAGAUAAGACGGAAGUUUAUGAAGCAGGGCCUUGUAAACAAAAAGGGAGUAAUGUAGAGAGACCUACGGGUCUUUAGCGAAGUCCAGCCAACCUUUUGAUACAGGAUGCAGUGUUGUGAUGAGUAUCAAAUCUGUCGCCCGUAACAACGAAGGGCAACGUGGUAGAUGGAAUCCAUAGCUUUAAGACUAGUAGCAACUGCAUUUGGAUAAAUAAUCACCACAAUCAAAGAACAGAUGAAAAGGUUGACUGAAUAAUCUGCUUCCUACUGCUGAGAGAAAGGCACCAUCGAUUUCUGUAGAAAAAAAGACCGCUUUAAAUCUUCGCUUCUUAACCAGCUCAUCUAUGUUUAUUUUAAAACGUCAAAUCCAUAUUAAUCCAAAUGUCUUAUUUAUAUGCAGGAACACGUUCGAUUGGAGGACCAUCUAAUGAGUGAACAUGUAGUUCAUCUGAAACGUUCUUACGAGAGUUUAAAAACAUGUAUUUAGUUUUGUCCAUAUUAAGCGCAAGUUUUAAAUCGGCAAGGGAUUCCUACAUAGCUAUAAAAUCGGACUAGUUUUGACACAGCCAGAUCAAUAGGAGCGGCAGGUAGCCUAGUGGUUAGAGCGUUGGACUGGAAGGUUUCUAGAUCGAAUCCCUGAGCUGACAAGGUUGUUGUUCUACCCUUGAACAAACCCACUGUUCCUAGGCCGUCAUUGUAAAUAAGAAUUUGUUCUUAACUGACUUGCCUAGUUAAAUUAAAAAACUAGUCGGGGCAAUAGUGUACAUAAUAGUAUCAUCCACAUUUAAAUGAAGUUAACAGUUAACCAAUGGUGUUAAUGUAAAUAGUGAAUAGAACACGUCCCAAAAUCAGGAUUUGACAGUUUUUCAGAAUUUACCCAGGUUCCCAUUACAAUCCCAAAGAGCAGUUACAUAAUUCCAUUUAGCCUUGCUGAUUUGUCUUGCACAAUAAUUCCUCAGUUGCUUAAAGCUUGCCGGGCCUGUGUCUCUUUUAUCGUCUCUUUUAUAAAUGACCUCUGAUCAUUCUGGAGUGUACCAGGCAUUCCAUCUCCCUUUAACCCUUCAUAUUUUUAAAGGGAGCAUUGAAGAAAGGCUGAAAGCCUAAAUCAUGUUGAUGGAUGGCUGAAAUACAAUCAAGGUCACUAAAAUAAAGAUUAAAAGCCUGUUCACUUAACGUUUUUAAAGUUCCUCUUUGUGUUCAGAUGAGGUUUAGAUUUGUGUUGUCUCACAUCAACAGUCAGUUUAUUUUAUUAUUUUACCCCCCCCCCCCUCCCCUUUUUCUCCCCAAUUUCGUCAUUUCCAAUUCCGAUCUUGUCUCGUCACUGCAACUCCCCAACGGGCUCGGGAGUGGCAAAGGUUGAGUCAUGCGUUCUCCGAAAUAUGGCCCGCCAAAUCAUGCUUAAUUAAACACCUGCCAGCCUGGAGGAAACACCUGAGGACUGAGUCAGCCUGCAGGCGCCCAGCCCGCCACAAGGUGUUGCUAGAGCGCGAUGAGCCAAGUAAUGUUACAGUAUCAUAACACAUAAAACCAAUCGUGACACCUUCAUGCAUGUUACAGUAUCAUAACACAUGAAACCAGUCGUGACUCCUUCAUGAAUGUUACAGUAUCAUAACACAUGAAACCAGUCGUGACUCCUUCAUGAAUGUUACAGUAUCAUAACACAUGAAACCAGUCGUGACUCCUUCAUGCAUGUUACAGUAUCAUAACACAUGAAACCAGUCGUGACUCCUUCAUGCAUGUUACAGUAUCAUAACACAUUUAUGAAACCAGCCGUGACUCCUUCAUGAAUGUUACAGUAUCAUAACACAUGAAACCAGUCGUGACACCUUCAUGCAUGUUACAGUAUCAUAACACAUUUAUGAAACCAGUCGUGACUCCUUCAUGCAUGUUACAGUAUCAUAACACAUUUAUGAAACCAGCCGUGACUCCUUCAUGAAUGUUACAGUAUCAUAACACAUGAAACCAGUCGUGACACCAUGCAUGUUACAGUAUCAUAACACAUUUAUUCAGCAUCAUGUAUAAGGGGCCUAUGGCGUAUUCACCAGUUAGCAUACUCUUUCCAUAGGAUACUGACCCAAUGUAAACAGAGUCACAGGUACUGAGAAAAACUACGCUUUGCUUUGUGUAUUGCUCAACAGG